UUUCGUGACCCGAUUUUUACCAUGUGUCCGAAGGACCCUUCGGAAACCACCUGGUCCGUACGGUACAAGGCGUUGGGUUGCUAUGACCGGGAUAAUGUGCCUCAUUCAUCGCUUGAGUGUCGUCCCAACUCGAUCGAUAUCCGUUUAUGCAGCAAUCUGUCUAAUGAAGCUCGUUUAAGAGAUGAUAAGAUUACACUUGCUCAACAAAAGGAACUCAUCGAAACUCUCCAGCUUUCGGACAGUGAUGAGGAAAACAUCGUUGAGGACAGGCGGUCCUCCUCUCGAAAUAAGUUGACACCUGUUGCAUCAAAGCCGAAUAUCAUUGCUCAGAAUUUGUCCAGCCACAUGGAUAUGAGGCUUCUAAAUUUGCCACAACUUAUAUCACCUCUCCCAUCUGGGAAUAGUGGGUUUAAAGCAUCAGCAUCGCCGAUCCCUUUGAGGCAAAUUGCUUGCAGUCGUGAUGGGGAUAAUUUGGACAUGUCGAAGUCUCGUAAACGCACUUUAGAAUCUGCCAUUCGAUUGGAACAUCCCCCCAAACCAAGCGUCUACUCCCCUCUAGCUGUUCGCGUGAGUGAAGGCACUGUUGAUUCUAGUCAUUACCAGUACUCGGUAGACACAGUUGGUGCUUUAACAUCUUUACCGGCUCAUCGUUUGGGCAACCAAGAGAAUGUUCCAUCGGUGGAAAAACAUGUGAACUCGUUUGAACUGUAUGUGAGACGGGUUCUAGCGGACGCAGAGGCAUUUUGUAAACCUCUUCAACAUUUACCGGGUAAUUUUCGCAAUGAAUGCAAGGAAUUAUCAGGGAAAGACGAUCCGCGUGAUAUUUCGUUGUGUCUCAAUAAUGGCAAAAGAGCAUUAGACUUUCCAAGGUUGUUCUCUCUCAAAGCAGUGUCUCCACUGCCUGAAACCUUUGUUGGAUUGGGACUACCCGUUGAUGAAUCGCAGCCAUCGCCUCCAAAGAGGCUGCUUCUCUCAGAGGAUUUGGUUACAGAACAGCCUUUCAAUUCACAGAAGCAAAGAGCCAUCGAGGAACCAAAAUCAGCACAUAAUUCCUCAUGGAUUUUAACUUCUGUUGGAACGCUCGAGUUGCGACCACGUCUUUUUUCCAUUCUUUUGGGCUCUUCGAGGCGCUUGUCUUCUUAUUUGGACAAGUUGGCUUCUUUGCGCUUCUUGUUAAGAAGUAUUCGGACCACCAAAUCGGAUUUGCACAACGUAGUGACACGAAAUCUAACUGGUGUUUUGUUAGCUCCUCCUGCUUCCGACCAACUUCCUCGCUUCGUUGAAACAGGAACUGAAACAACUCCCAAACAUACCACAAUUUCUGCCACUCAGUAUGAUUCGGAGAAGCUGGUGAACUCCGCUGCGCAAACGACACCACAAGCACAAACGUCUGCCUUCACUAACACGAGCCCAUCUCAUUUUACAUUUAAACGAGUAUCGGUUUCCACUAACACUGACCCACUUUUUCCUGGUGCCAUGGAAAAUGGUUUCUCGGAUGGGUCUUCUGCUGAUUACUGUCUCAAGAAAGUGAUUGGAAAUAGCGAUGCCGCAAUGGAGCGUGUGAUUCGAAGUGCUAUUUGCUUUCCGACAACUUUAUUGUUGAUCUGCUUUCUUAGUGUCGAAAAGUUCCUCACGUUUAGUUUUGAGGCUAGCACUGAAGAGGAGCAGUUGACUCAAGCAAGCAACUUGGACACCGAAGCUGCAACUUGUUGGAGCAAGUUGGUGAAGUUUGUGGCGGCCACGUCUUCUUCUUCGUCGUCUUCCGGCUCUGGAUGUUCUAUGCGACCAUUCGUUUGUUCCUGCGCGCCAGAAGCACAACGCCUUAUUCACAGCCUCUUUAGCCAAACUGACUUUACUUCCUAUCCUGAAAAGAUUUUGGCUUCUACUCGCCACCUCCUUGUCGCAGCACUCAUGUCUACCUCCGAGCUAGAUGCUAGGCGUCGCUACGAACAGGCGCUGGAGAGUUUGGCAAAGACGGCCUCCCGUAUGCGGCGGGCGGAAUCUAAACUCCUUCGCCGUGCUUGGGUUGCUAUCCAACGAAGCGGUGGUGUCGAUCCACCUAUCACCGGUGUCGCAGAACUCGGUGGUGAUGCCAAACGCUGGUCCGACCUCUGGUACUCUGCUCUCGCGAGAGUUAGAGCCGUUGUCAGUGACAAGUUCCAUCAGCUUAUUGCUGACAAGGAACGGGAACUACGUAAAAGCAUCGCUGAGGAUCCAUUUUUGAAGCACUUGAAAGUACUCAAUACGGAAGAGGAUUUUUUGACUGUAUGCUCCUCUCCUUCACCUACGCCUUCGCGCAACGGUUCAAUUGACUGUCGAUCUUGUAUCCUGUCCAAUCCUGAUGGAUUCAACGAAUCCAGAUCAGAUAUGUGUACAGUGCCCAGAUUGACACUGGAGCGUUUGGUUAAAAUCUUUCAAAUUACUUCAUUGGCCGGUGAAUCGAUGCGAUCCCGACAAGAGUCUGAACUCAUCCUUCCUACGGACAGAUUUGCUGUCUUUGGUUGUGAGGGGACUAGACAGCAGCAACCACACUACCAGCUUCCCAUUUUCGUUGCCUCUGCUUCUUCGACCAACAUGACGCCUCUCAUUGUCUACAUCGAUAGCGUUCUUCAGCUUCAUCGACGACUUCUCUCGUGCCUUGCAGUCUGUCCUGAAAUGCCGCAGUACCAACCCUCGGUUGAUUCCACUCCAAAAAUCAAAAAGUUGCGAUCUCCCCUUGCUCCCCCUCCGGCCCCCCCACCCAUCUCAAAGCACUCUACAAAGCAAAAAAUCAAACAUCAAAAGUCACCUGUUCCUCCACCGCCCCCAUUUGAAGAUCUUCCCAUUCGUCCACACGGCCUGGCAGCGAGUAAACGUUCUAGGCACCGAAAACACCGACAGAGCAGCCAAUCCGACGAGACUGUAAGCUCAGAAUUGAGUGAAGUGACAAAGAAGAGGAAGCGAAAACACAGAGAAUUGGCUUCGCCAUCAGGGAAAACGUCUGUGCCUUCACGUAUGCGAGGCAAAUACAAGGUGGAGGACAAGCAAUCAAGGAAUCACAAUUCGCGCUGCUCAAGUGUAGCACCCUUGCGUAAAAAUUUUGACCGAGACGAGGGUGAUGCUACUGACGACUCAAUACUUCAGAGGCAUCCCCAUCAAGAUCACAAAAGGACUAGAGGAAGAUCGGUGGUUCCUCCUCUUCGGGAAAGACCUGGGAUUCAUAUUAAUGGUGAUGGUGGUGGCAGUAUGGAGACUUAUUCGCCUCGAAAGAAUUCAUUGAUUAAUGCCUCUUCGUAUAGUCCCUCCCGUCCUGCCUUCUCCAAUGAAAGACAAAGUGGUGGUGGCGCCAUUAAUAGCACUUACGAACCCACAUAUAUUCCAUCCGUGCCUGCUCCUUCUUCCGCUUCUAGACGAACUCUUUUGCAGGAGUUGCCUCCAAAGCCCCAUAUGGAUCCCGACUUCUAUGCUAAGUGGAUGGGUAGAGGUUCGUCAAGUCGGCGGUGA